AUGAAGGAGGCCACGAGGAGAGCUGGAACCUUUCCUUCAUGGUCCUCGCCACAGAGCUCCCUGGUCCGAACAGGAAGAGACGGACUUAAAAUAAGGAUCAGGAGCAGCUGCAGGGGUCUAAGGUCAGACCCAGAGGAGACUGGGGUCUCAGGUCAGACCCAGAAGAGACUGGGGUCUCAGGUCAGACCCAGAGGAGACUGGGGUCUCAGUUCAGACCCAGAGGAGACUGGGGUCUCAGGUCAGACCCAGAGGAGACUGGGGUCUCAGGUCAGACCCAGAGGAGACUGGGGUCUCAGGUCAGACCCAGAGGAGACUGGGGUCUCAGGUCAGACCCAGAAGAGACUGGGGUCUCAGGUCAGACCCAGAGGAGACUGGGGUCUCAGGUCAGACCCAGAAGAGACUGGGGUCUCAGGUCAGACCCAGAGGAGACUGGGGUCUCAGGUCAGACCCAGAGGAGACUGGGGUCUCAGGUCAGACCCAGAGGAGACUGGGGUCUCAGGUCUCUAA